GUUCUGAACGCUCUGCGCAAGGUGAAGGACGAGGGCCUGGGCACGGACAUCGUCACCGUGGGCUUUGUUGCCGCGGACAGCCUCAAUGCAGACCGUGAGAGCGGCACCGUCACGUUCAAACUGGAGGUCGGCAUCUUCGAGGACCGCGCCCGCGAGGAGGUCGGCAAGCUGCCCUGGGUCAGGAGAGUAGACAUCCAGGUGGCGGGCGCGGCGCCGAAAGCGGCGGCGCCGCCGCCCGCGUCGCCACCGCCGGCCAGGCCGCCGGUGCCGUCGGUGCCGCCCUCGAUGCGCAAGGUGAAGAACAUCAUCGCUGUCUACUCGUGCAAGGGCGGCGUGGGCAAGAGCACGGUGUCCGUGAACCUCGCCUUCUCGCUGCGCCAGACAGGGGCCUCCGUUGGCAUCUUCGAUUGCGACGUCUACGGGCCGUCCCUGCCCCUGAUGGUCAAGUUCCCAGAGACCACCCCCUA